CAGAGGAAAGGGGGAUGGGAAGCAAGGCAAGAGGGGGAGGGGCCUCAGCGAGCCCAGAAAAAACGACAACGAGAGAAAAAUUAGUAUUUUUGCACUUCACAAAUUAAUGACCAUGAGCUCGUUUUUGAUAAACUCCAACUACAUCGAACCCAAGUUCCCUCCCUUCGAAGAGUACGCUCAGCACAGCUGCCCUGGCGGCAGACACGGCGGCCCAGGCGCGGGGCCCGGCUACCAGCAGUCCCCGGCACGCGCGACCCAGCGUUUGCCGCUGCAGCAGCCUCAGCUCCCUCACGCUGGCGGUAGCCACGAGCCCCCAGCCUCCUACUAUGCGCCACGGGCCUCCCGCGAGCCUGCCUAUCCCGCAGCCGCGCUCUACCCCGCGCACAGUGUCGCGGAUACCGCCUACCCCUAUGGCUACCGUGGCGGAGCCAGCCCUGCGCGGCCAAAGCAGCCUGAGCAGCCCCCAGCGCACGCCAAGGUCCCAGCGCACGGCCUGCAUGCGAACCAUGUCCUGCAGCCAGGGCGGCAGCCUCCGCCGCCACCUCCCCAGCAGCAUCGCGCUGCGGCCCCUGCGCUCCCGCGGCGCUGCGAGGCUACCCCAGCCAUCUCAGGCGUCCCGGCAGGGGGCAGUGCCCCCGCUUGCCCGCUGCUCUUGGCCGACAAGAGCCUGCCCGGCCUGAAGGGUAAGGAGCCCGUUGUGUACCCCUGGAUGAAGAAGAUCCAUGUCAGCGCCGUCAACCCCAGUUAUAACGGAGGGGAGCCUAAGCGUUCUCGAACAGCCUACACCCGGCAGCAGGUCUUGGAGCUGGAGAAGGAGUUCCACUUUAACCGAUACCUGACCCGGCGGCGCCGCAUCGAGAUCGCCCACACACUCUGCUUGUCCGAGCGCCAGGUCAAGAUCUGGUUUCAGAACCGGAGAAUGAAGUGGAAGAAAGAUCACAAACUGCCCAACACCAAGAUGAGGUCCUCCAACUCGGCCUCUGCUGGCCCAACAGGGAAAGCGCAAAGUCAGAGCCCACACCCCCACCCGGGCACUUCCACACCCAUUCUUUCCUCCAUAUAAUCUUCUAGAAUACCUAGACCAGCUUCUCUUCCUUACCUGCUUUUCUCCUCUCUUUUCCUGCCCCUUUUCUCAUCAGUCCCUCCCCAUCCUGGACCAUAAUAGACACCAAAAACCUAACUUAGUGAAAAGGAUAACCAAAAACAAGACAUUGUAUGGGUAACAGCGUGUGCUGGUUUCCACCCAGGAGAGGACAUUUGUCCCGGAUCCUGGCUGGUGGAACAACCUCAUAACAUUGCCAGGUUUGCAUACCUAAGACAAUUUGCUAUCAAAUACUUAAAUACUUAUGGGAAGACUAAAGUCAGCUGGGCAGCCUAUGCUGACAGGGACAUGUACUUAUAUAUUUGUUGCAAGCAGAAGAAAACAGACCCUUUCUCCACCUUCCUUACCUCCUUCUCUCCUGUUAAGGCAGCUCAUACAAGAUUGUCUUGAACCGAAUACAAUGAGUAGACAUUGUGGGCCUCACGAGAUUAUUUAAUUUUCAAAAUGUGUAGACCUUGAUGAACGGUGUGACAUAUUAGUUUCCCUUCUAUGCAUUUAUUUAAGAUAUUCUUAUAGAGAUAUUGUUGUCCUAUUCUGGGGCACAAUCUUGGGGGAGAGGGGAGUUCAUUUAGAUCUAUGUGGAACUGUACAAAUUGUGAUAUGGCUAUAUGGAAAGCCAUAUGCUAAGAAUAAAAUCCAUUUAAAAAACAUUAAAAAUCUAAGACAGAUCUGUGCGUUUUCUAAGCUCUUCAUUAAGAAAACAAAAGUCCUUUGGAUUGAGAUGCUUGACCUUGCAUGUAAAAUCCUUGGCUUGGCUUGUGUUCACUAGGAUUCUGACUGCUCACAUAAUUGUAAUUUGUGUAUGUGUGUGUGUGUGAGACAGAGAGAGAAAGUGUGAGUGUGGUUCAACUUGAGUUAAACUUGUCAAGCUUCACCCACUGUGGAAAAGUUCCAAAGAGCAGGAGGGUUCUUGAGCUCUGAGAGGUCUCCUCUUCUUCCCAAACUUGGCGAGGCUUUCAGGCUUCAAGUCUCUGUAAGGCAUAGAAACAUGUCCUUCCAGGCAAUGAAAGCUGAAACCAUGCAGUGCUGCAGGCCCAGGAGUUUCUGCAGCUGUUCUACACACUGAACUCUGAGCACACUUGGAAAGAAGUGGUCCCUUUGGUAUUUAUUACACCUUCACACUUAAUCUGCCUGUUUCCCUGGAGAUAAAAAGUAGUUUGUGCAAAGGGUUGUGAUUGUUUUUUGCUUUAUGGCUGUUAUUAAGGUCCUCUUCACUAACCACGUCUUGUGAAUUUUUGUUUAUUUGCUUUUUUUCUUUUGAAG